CCCUGUUGGCCAAGCCGGGUUCCAUGCAGCAGAGUCCAAGAUGGUGGCGCUGAGGGCUCGGAAAGAUGGCUCAGCGGCGAGGAGGCUCUUGGUCGCCGCGUGUCUGUGCCUGAGCAGCCGCUUCCUCUCCCCGGCAGACGCCACAGGGCAGGCGGAAAGCGGCGGCGCUCCCGGCGCGGCGGCGCCUCACCGGCGGUUCGAAUACAAGUACAGCUUUAAGGGUCCGCACUUGGUGCAGCCGGACGGAUCGGUGCCCUUCUGGGCGCAUACGGGCAAUGCUAUCCCCAGUGCUGAUCAGAUCAGAAUAACUCCUUCAUUAAAAAGCCAAAGAGGAUCCGUAUGGACAAAAAGCAAAUCCAUAUUUGAAUACUGGGAAAUUGAAGUGACCUUCCGUGUGACUGGAAGAGGGAGAGUAGGAGCUGAUGGAUUGGCAAUCUGGUAUACUGAAGGACAAGGAUUAGAUGGCCCAGUUUAUGGUGCGGCAGAUAACUGGAAUGGUGUUGGCAUCUUCUUUGACUCCUUUGACAACGACGCAAAGAAAAACAACCCUGCAGUGAUUAUUGUCGGCAAUAAUGGCAAGCUCCAUUAUGACCAUCAAAAUGAUGGGUCCACACAAGCGUUGGCGUCAUGUCAAAGAGAUUUUCGUAACAAGCCUUAUCCCAUCCGUGUGAAGGUUGUUUACUAUCAGAAGACACUAUCUGUAUUAAUAAACAAUGGCUUUACUCCAGACAAAGAAGACUAUGAGUUUUGUGCCAAAGUUGAAAACAUGGUGCUGCCUCUUCAGGGUUACUUUGGCAUCUCUGCAGCAACGGGUGGCCUCGCAGACGACCAUGAUGUUUUGUCAUUCUUGACAUUUCAGUUGACAGAGCCUGGCAAAAUGACGCCUCCACCAGAUGCAGACAUUGCUGAAAAGGACAAAGAGAAAUAUCAAGAAGAGUUUCAGCAUUUCCAGCAAGAGUUGGACAAAAAGAAAGAGGAAUUUAAGAAAGAGCAUCCGGACAUGCAAGGCCAGCCAAUGGAAGAUAUCUUUGAGACGGUGAGUGAUCGUGAGCUGAGACAGAUCUUCGAAGGCCAAAAUCGAAUUCACCUGGAAAUAAAACAGCUCAACAGGCAAUUAGACAUGAUUCUGGAUGAACAGAGAAGAUACGUCGCUGCGGUAACAGAAGAGAUUUCCAAAAGAGGAUCAAAUGUCCCUAGCCAUCAAGGACAGGCUUCCCAGUUAGAACUUGACAAUAUCGUAAAAACUCAAGAAGAGGUUCUGAGACAAGUUGGGGAAAUGAAAAAUUCCAUGGGGGAAACUCUGCGUCUAGUCACUGGCAUUCAGCACCACCCCGCUUCCUCUGGUGGGAUCUACGAAACCACACAGCAUUUCAAUGACAUUAAGGAACAUCUCCAUAUCGUAAAAAGGGAUAUUGAGCAUUUAGUCCAGAGGAACAUGCCAUCAAAUGACAAACCCAAAUGUCCAGAGUUGCCACAAUUUCCAUCAUGUUUAUCCACAACACACUUCUUUAUAUUUGUAGCAUUCCAGACACUACUCUUUAUCAGUUACAUCAUGUACAGGAGUCAGCAAGAAGCAGCAGCAAAGAAAUUCUUUUGAUGGCCUCUCUAUUGUGCAUUCCAGAGGUGCAUGGAAAGCAUUGCACUAGUUGGAGAAGAGGGAAGGAAAUCCUUUAGUGUUGAAAAUGCUUCAAUGUUUUAAAUUAUUGAGUUCUUUCUUAAUCAAGUACACCAAAUAAUGGAUUGCGAAUGUUAUAAAACGGACAGAUUCCAAGGCAGAAAAGAGAUAAAUUCUGUCUUUGAGCAUCCAGGAGAAAUGGGUGGAUGGAAAAUACCUUUACUUCAUUGUCAAAAUACAUCCCAAGUAAGGUCUUGGCACAGGAGUAUUUCUCACACUUAUUUUUUGCAUUCUUAUUUGGGGAGAUCAUGGAAGGCAUGAUCUGUAUAAUAAUAGUUGUGUGUCUCAGAGAGGAAGGAAGGCAGGCAAGGCAAGCGGGCAUUAGGAUUCUGAAAUUGCAUCCCACUUUAGAGCUAUGAGAGAGUGCAAAAAAAUAAAAUUAAUCAUGUAACCUUGUGGGUGGCAUUAGAUGAGCAGAGUUAGAGAUUGCCGAUUCAACUUAAAAAAAAAUAGUUUUGGGGAAACAGCGAUAAGCAGGGGUAUGAAAUGAGGAAGUUGUGAGAACAGCUCAGUCCUUAACGGUGCAAUUGUUCUGUGUAGCAAAAGGUAGACAGGAACCAGCUCUUUUUAGCAUGUUUUGAUACCGUUAUUUGUAUUCGUUGUAUUCACAUCGAUCGUAACUUUUGUAAAAGUGUUUUUUAAUCCCUCUUCAACGAAGAGAUCCUAGCUUGCGUGAUCUUGAAAGUCAUCUGACUUGGGAGAAUACGGGACAGCCGUGAUCUUCAAAACGUUAUCAUUGAAAUGUUAAAACUCAAACCGAACUUGCAUCGAGUUCUUCUUUGGUCCUCUCCAAAGCCAGGGAUAUUGUUGUAUAGACACUGACGGCAUCGUUUAAAAACAAAAUAUUCAGGCUUCUUCUCCUGUUUUUGCUGAACCGGUAUUGUUCUUCAUCUUCACGUAUUCUUAAAUCUUGGCCAUUUAUUAUGUAAUCCUUCUAAAGGCAGUUCCAGAACAGCAAAUGUGAUUUUAUUCUGCCCUGCAUCCUGCCUGUAUAAUAUUGACUUGAAACUUCGUUUUUUUACGUUCGUAGAAAUUCUAAUGGAAUAGCUUUCUCAUAUUCGUCAAGUGCUCAAAUUCCUCUGAACUUAAAAUAUUAAAAGGCAAGCAAUGUUCGCUGUUAUCCAGUAUUACAUAUUUUGAAGGCAUUGUUUGCAGUUUUGAGAAACAGAACAAAUCUAUGCAAUUCUCCCCCUUUAAAGAUAUUGGCAGUAUUGUGUUAGGAUUGAUAAACCGGAAGUUUUCCAAGUUUUGAAAAGCAUGCAACUGCAGAACACCUUCCUACAACUCACAAGUGAGGACAAAUAAGCAGACUUAUUUUUCUCAACCCAAAUCACUCAAAAGGACCACGAUCCAUUCUGUUUCACACCAGCAAAUGUUUUUACAGGUGCCUUGGACAAAUUAAAACCAAAUGUAUGUUAUAAAAAUGACCUACUAAAUCAACGGUUUGUGCGAUUUUGAGUUUUCAUUAAAGAAGACACUGCUUUCUUUUGUGCAGAAAAAAAAGUGGAUUCUGUUGCAUUAUUUUUCUUUGGAAUAUGCUUGGGUCAUGAUGCAAACCUUGUAGAUAAACAUCUUUAUUUUCUUUUUGACAUAAUGUGAAUCUACCCAGCUGAGAAUUAAAAUAUUGAAGCAA